AUGGGAAAACGGCGGAAGGGGUUGAAGACCAAGCAGCGCGACAGGCUGCGGGAGUUUGCGAAGCGGAAGGAACGGCAGCGGGCCCUUGCAGGGCAAAACCAGGCAGGCGUAGGCCAGGAUGCGCAGCCGGCAAGGCGACAGCACCGUCCCCGCGCAGGCGAGCAAUCGGGACUUUUGGAGGCGAGUCGGGGGACGCUGGUGUCGGACCCAAGCAGCGGCCUAUCUGGGCUAGUAGCGAGCGAGCUGGAGGUGCAGCGGCAGCAGGAGGUGUGCGCAGCGGUGACGGCGGAGUCGAUGGCGACGAGCGGUAGUGGUAGUUCGUACGGAUCGACGCAGAAGCCAACGGAGGUGUACUUGACGGCGACGGCAGUAGAGGCUGCGAAGGAGGACGCGGGGGGGCUGGGCGCGACGAGGCGGAGAGUGGUGAUGGCGUCGAUGUGCUUGGGCGUCUUUUUGGCGGCGUUGGACGGCACCAUCGUGACCACGUUGCUGGACCAUAUUGCGUCCGAGUUCAACGAGCUCCCGCGCAUAUCCUGGAUUGCAACGGCGUACCUACUUUCGAGCGCGACUUUCCAGCCCUUGUACGGUAAGCUAUCGGAUAUAUUUGGCCGCCGCCCGCUGUUGGUGUUUAGUAACCUUGUGUUUUGCCUGGGCGCGCUCAUCUGUGGCAUGUCCAAAAACCUCUGGGUACUGGUAUUGGGCCGCUUCGUGGCCGGGAUCGGUGGUGGGGGUCUCACUUCGAUGUGCUCCAUCACGACCACUGACAUAGUACCGCUACGUUCUCGGGCCCUGUACCAGGGGAUAUGCAACGUCUUCUUCGGGCUGGGCACGGCGUGCGGUGGUCUGGUGGGAGGGUUGUUUGCCGACAGAGCAGUCGGAUGGCGCAUGGCCUUCCUGGUGCAGGUCCCACUCACCUUGCUAAGCACGACCGCUAUACAACUAUUCCUUACGCUCCCUAAGCCUGUGGAUGCGCACAAAGGAGCCGGACAACGCUCCAUCCCAUGGACGACCAAACUACGCAUGGUCGACUGGACCGGAACAGUUACGCUGGUGGUCUUCCUGUUCUGUUUUACGCUUGUAUGCUCACUAUACGGGGAAGACUUGCCGCACCUGUAUCUGAUCUUCGUAGUUAUCCUUCUAUCGGGCAGCUACUUCAUUUAUCACGAAUUGUAUGUGGCCACUGACCCUAUUCUUCCAAUCCGCUUUCUUGAGAAUAGAAGUGUACUGGCGGCGUCGCUCUCCAACUGGUUCUGCAUGAUGGGAAUGAUGACCACGGGGUUCUACAUUCCCGUUUAUUAUGCUAGCGUCCUCAAUAUGGGCCCGACAGAUAUCGGUAAACGCAUUGUGCCCAGCUUCUUCAGCACUGCCUUUGGUUCCCUUGGGGCAGGAUACUACAUGAAACGCACAGGCAAAUACUACUGGUUCCUGCUCGCAUUCUGCCUAGUGGGCGUUUUGGGACAGGUACAGAUCAGCUAUGUCACGCCCUCUAUCUCAACAUGGCGGCAAUACUGCCUCUACAUGAUACCGGGCUUUGGCUCAGCAGUGUUACUCACUGUCACUCUACUUGCGCUCAUUGUAGCGGUUCCGCAAAGACACCAAGCUGCAACCACAUCCAUCUCGUAUGCAUUUCGGUCGACCGGUUCUACACUGGGUGUCUCUAUCGGCGGCGCCAUUUUCCGUAACGGCCUUUCCAACCAGCUGUAUUCCAAGCUAAUGCCUUUGCAAAGUCCGGAACAUCCCGCCAGCGAACUACUUCGGAUUAUUGAGAAGGCUGCCCACUCCACAGAAUGGGUUCACAAAGAGGCUCCCGAAUUUGCGCGUCACAUUCUUAUCGACUGUUAUCAUUACGCCGGAAGGUAUACAUUCCACUUUUGCUUAGCAUGUAUGGUUUUGGCAACAGUCGCCUGCUGCUUCAUAGUGGAGUAUAAGCUCCAUGCGGGAAUACCGCGCCAAGACCGCAGAGGGAGCGUACAUUGA